AUGUCUGAUCACACAUUUGGGGAAGAUUCAAUCAUUAAUCUGCUUGUAUUCAAGUAUCACUAUCUAGUUUUAUUUGCCACAAUAGUUUUUGCAAUUAUCUAUCUAGUAAAUAAUCUGAUAGAGAAAGGUCACUUUUAAUAUCAAAUAAAAUCUUGGGUCAAAUCUAUUGUACUUGGAAUCCUACUUUUACAUAGCGCAAGUUCUUUUGUAUAUGCUGUCUAUUUUGGCCAUUUCUGGUUCGCAUUUCCAGUUGUUUCUGUAGUACUUAAUGACAUUGGCGCCUACUUUUUCGGAGUAUUUUUUGGUAAGACUCCACUAAUUAAGCUCUCACCUAAAAAGACAGUAGAGGGUUUCAUCGGAGGAGUAUUUUCAUCAUUUAUGAUUUGCUUUAUCAUGUCAAGCUACAUGAGUGGAAUAAAGCAUUUAGUAUGCCCAUAAUAAGAACUCACUUUUGAAAUAUUCCAAAAGAUGAAUUGCUAGAUUGAUCCAUUGUACAUUCAUUAAGAUACCUCCUUUGACUUAGGACCAUUCGGUAAGUUUUCAAUGAAUAUUGCUCCAAUUCAGCUUCAUUCCCUCUCAAUAUCUUUAUUUACGUCUUUGAUUGCACCUUUUGGAGGAUUUAUGGCAAGUGGAUUCAAAAGAGCAUACAAGAUAAAAGAUUUUGCAGAUAAGAUACCAGGUCAUGGAGGUAUUACUGAUAGAUUUGAUUGCAAGAUAGUUGUAGGGUGGUUCCUCGGUUUCUAUCUUUAGUAUGUUGUAUAUAAAGAUCAAGCAAAUAUUGAAAAGGCCUACUCAAACUAUCAAAUAAUGGAGGAUUAGGAUAAAAUAUAAAUUACCUAAUUGCUUUAAAGCAUGAUACUAAACUCCAAUCAAACAAAUACAUUUUGA